GUGAUGCAACUAAAUUUAAAGAAUUCCAAAAAUUAAAAUUGAUCCUCUUAUUUUUGUGCUACUCUCAUCUCAACACAUUAUUUUGGCGCGUAGUAAAAUUGAGUUUUGAAUUUCCCCGUUCCGGGCGAUGAAGUUUCGCGAGUGUGACACACACUCGCAUUGAUCUUCUUGAAUCCUACUUACUUUAUUUGAAAACAAACACCACUCGGCAUUUCAAUCAAAUUCUCACUCACUCACUCAGCGCAAUGAACUCAAAAAAGAAAUCCACACCGAUUAGGGUUUUCGGACAGCGAUCCAUUACUUCAACCUUUCGCACUCUCCCACCUAAUUCCUCUCGUGAUUCCGAAGCAACUGGGAUAAAUCAACCACCGCAAAAGACCCAACCUGCGCAUCUCUCGCUUUCGCACUUCCUCGACCGCAAACUGCAAAAACCUUCUACACUUCCUCAAACAGUUCCGGGGAAGUUGACGCCUUUUAAAUCACCUCUGGGUUUGAGGAUACCAACCAUUGAGCAGCAGGUUGGAAGUGUCAAGCAAGUUGAAGAAGAGAGAAAGGCUGCAACCACUGAUGAUAAGGUGAUUUUUGAAAUGUUCAAGCAUACUGACGAAGAGGGAAAAAGCGACUUUGUUAUUCCAUUCGAUGUUGAUGAAUUAGAACAUUCAGUGACAGAUAAUGUUCAAGAGUCAAGGAAAAGGAAAAAUCCAUUUGAAGGUGGAAAUGAGAACCAAACUGUUCGAAAGCAUGUGGUAGUUCUUGGAGGUGAAUCAAGAUUGAAGCCAAAAAAGCAGAUAAAAAAUGACUCCAGCAACAUAAAGCAAAAACCUUAUAAUCACUAUGCAAAUGGUCGAGGCUGGUGGGACUAUGACAUGGAAGGUGUUGAUAAUGAGGAAGUGGGGUUCAGUGAAGUAUGGGAGGGGGUGGGAUCCACCACGCUUGGAGGUAUAGCAGAUUGGCAUUGAUGUUGAUAUUAUAUGUUUGUUUCUCACAAACGUUUGUACUGUGACUUAGUUUAGCUUUGAGAUCAAUAGCUGCAUACACUCAUUUGUUCUGUGUAGAAGAGAAAGUCCCUAAAAGUGUGUAGAUUCUUAAUUGACUUUAAUCUAUUUAUUUUACUCCAAAUCCAAAUCACACGUUGAAAGUGUUACUUGUCUUCGAA